GGACAAUGAGAAUAAAAAAACCCUCCCCCCAAGGAUUUAUAAAUAAAAUGCUAUUUGAAUUGUAUUUAAAGAACAUGAUUCGUAACAUCUCGUGCAAAACAUUGUGUUCUUCUUUCCUCUUUCCCACUUGUUGAAUGUCUACUUACAUUGGCGCUGUCGACUCUGGCACCACAUCGUCUCGAUUCCUUAUAUUCGAUGAAAAUGGCAACCUCAUUACAUUCCAUCAAGUGCAGCAUACCAUGCACUAUCCUCAACCAGGUUGGGUAGAGAUGGAUCCUGAAGACAUCCUUAGUGCUGUGAAUGAGUGUAUCGACAAAGCCAUUCGACGAUUUGAAAUGAUGGGUCGUCUCGUCAGCGAUAUCAAAGCUAUCGGAAUCACAAAUCAGCGUGAAACAGCUCUGGUCUGGGAUCGAAAGACUGGCCAUUCGCUUCAUUCAGCUAUCGUGUGGAGCGACACUCGAACCCACGAUAUCGUCAAGGAAGUGAAUCAAGAUAAAGACCGGGCUCAAUUGAUUCGAGAUGUGUGCGGGUUGCCUGUGACAACGUACUUUUCGGCCGUCAAAUUCAAAUGGCUGCUAGAGAACGUUCCAGCUGUCCAGACCGCGUCCAACAGCGGAGACGCAAUGUUCGGAACCAUUGACAGUUGGUUGAUGUACAAUCUGACUGGUGGAGCGGCCAAUGGUGGAGUGCAUGUGACGGAUGUCACUAAUGCCAGUCGCACAUUGCUUAUGAACCUGAAGUCCUUGCAAUGGGAUCCUGCCUUGUUGUCUAUAUUCAACGUUCCGUUAUCGGUCCUGCCCAAGAUUGUGUCAUCGGCUGAAGUCUAUGGCUUGGUCAAGUCAGGCCAAUUGGUGGAUAUUCCUGUGGCAGGAUGCUUGGGUGACCAACAGGCUGCUCUUGUCGGUCAAAAAUGCUUUGAAAAGGGAGAUGCCAAGAACACGUUUGGUACCGGAGCCUUUAUGCUGUUCAAUACAGGAGACGAGCCUCUUGUGUCACAGAACGGAAUGGUCACCACUGUUGGCUAUCAAUUUGGCCAGAACAAGCCUGCCUAUGCCUUGGAAGGCUCUAUUGCCUCGGCUGGUUCAGCCAUCAAGUGGACUCGCGAUAAUCUUGGAUUGAUCAGUUCCUCUGAAGAAAUAGGUCCUCUUGCUGCAAGUGUUGAGGAUAGCGGCGGUGUUUAUUUUGUUACAGCUUUCUCAGGACUGUUCGCUCCUUAUUGGAGAGACGAUGCUCGUGCAUGCAUUGUUGGUAUCACCCACUUCACCACACGUAACCAUAUUGCAAGAGCCACUUUGGAAUCCAUGUGCUAUCAGUCAAGAGCUAUUCUGGAUUGCAUGAAAGACGAUGCAUCGGUACCUUUGAAAUCGUUGAAGGUCGACGGAGGUGUAUCGAAUUCCGACGAAGCUAUGCAAAUUCUAUCCGAUGUUCUCGGUAUCCAGGUUGUUCGACCUCAGAUGAGGGAAACAACCGCUCUUGGAGCUGCCAUUGCCGCUGGAUACGCCAUCGGUAGAUGGACUGAAUACGCUGACCUAGACAACGUCAAUGCUCAAGGCGUAACUUCAUUUGAACCCAAGAUUGAUACCCUGAAUCGUGAUAACAAAUACAAGGACUGGGCUAAGGCUAUCGAACGGUCAUAUGGAUGGGCUCAAGUGGCCCAAGCUACUGAUACCACUACUACCACUGUCCCUGCCGCUUAGACUAUGGUCUCCCACACACUUUGUACAUGUCCUAAUUCUCGCCUAUCCUAUACAUAUAAAUUUACUUUGGUCAAGUUUCGAGUGGUUCCCUCGAAAUGGUGUAUAAAAAUAAAGAUACCUGUUAAAAAAAAAAGCAGCGAAGAGGAGGAAGUCAUAGGUAUA